CAUGAAAACACUAGUCAAACUCCAGGCUCUGAGACCUAUUUGGAAUCCCAAGCCGUUUUGCAAUUCAUUCCAUAAAGAUGGCAGGGCGUUUGCCUCUCUCAAUCUUUCAGAGUACGAAGCCAUUAACCGGUGUGAAAAGGAGGUCCCUGAGCACUUCAAUUUUGCAAACGAUAUUCUGGACCAGUGGUCAAAGAUAGAAAAGGAUGGACAAAGACCUCCUAACCCUGCCUUGUGGUGGAUCAACGGGAAAGGGAGUGAAGUGAGAUGGAGCUUUGAGGAGCUGGGAGCCCUGUCGAGGAAAGCGGCUAACGUCCUCCUGGAUCCAUGUGGUCUACAAAGAGGAGACCGAGCAAUCCUCAUUCUGCCUCGAGUCCCAGAGUGGUGGCUGCUGAAUGUGGCGUGCAUUAGGACAGGGAUUGUCUUCAUUCCAGGGACACCUCUACUGACAGCCAAAGACAUCCUGUACAGACUCCAGGCUUCUGAGGCCAAGUGUAUUAUUACAAAUGACAAUUUGGCCCCAGCAGUGGAUUCAGUUUCCUCGUCUUGCCCAGCUCUGAAAACAAAGCUGCUAAUCUCCGAAGGCAGGAGAGACGGAUGGCUGAACUUCAAGGAGCUCUUUCAAACUGCCCCUUCUAGCCACAACUGUGUUAAAACAAAGAGUGAUGAACCCAUGACUAUCUACUUCACAAGUGGAACCACGGGGUCUCCCAAGAUGGCGGAGCACACCCACAGUAGUUAUGGUAUUGGAUGUGCCAUAACUGCAAGGUACUGGUUGGAUUUGAAACCAUCAGACAUAAUGUGGAACAUGUCUGACACAGGCUGGAUCAAGGCCGCCAUAGGGAGUGUUUUUGCUCCAUGGCUUCGUGGCUCCAGCGUCUUCAUACACCACAUGCCACAGUUUGAUCCAAGAGAGACUCUGAAUACGCUCAUCAGGUACCCGGUCACUACAAUGUGCAGUGCUCCUACUGUCUAUCGGAUGCUGGUGCAACAGGAUCUUACCAGCUACAGAUUCAAGAGUCUAAGGCACUGCCUGACAGGAGGGGAGCCGCUGAAUCCUGAAGUGCUGACACAAUGGAAAAAACAAACAGGGCUGGAGCUGUACGAAGGCUACGGACAAACUGAAGUGGGUGUGAUAUCACUAACCGAAAAAGGAAAGAAAAUUAAGCCUGGGUCCAUGGGUAAGCCAGCUCCACCAUAUGAUGUUCAGAUCAUAGAUGAAAACUGUAAUAUUCUACCUCGUGGGGAGGAAGGAGACAUCGCCAUCAGAAUUCAGUCCAAGCAGCCAUUUUGUUUUUUUACUCGCUAUGUGGAUAAUCCAGAGAAAACUGCCUCAACCUUUCGUGGGAAUUUCUAUAUCACUGGAGACAGAGGGUGGAUGGAUGAAGAAGGCUAUCUGUGGUUUGUUGCAAGAGCUGACGACGUCAUCAUCUCCUCUGGGUAUCGUAUUGGGCCUUUUGAGGUGGAAAGCGCCUUGAUUGAACAUCCAGCCGUGGUUGAGUCUGCUGUGGUCAGCAGCCCAGAUCCUAUCAGAGGAGAGGUGGUGAAAGCUUUUGUAGUCUUAUCUCAGUCCUUUGCAUCACAUAAUGCUGAGAAGUUGACCGUUGAGCUUCAAGACCAUGUGAAGAAAAUUACAGCUCCCUACAAGUAUCCUAGAAAAGUGGAGUUUGUCCAGCAGCUGCCGAAAACCAUCAGUGGCAAAAUCAGAAGAAAUGAAUUAAGGAAAAAGGAAUGGGGACAGAUGUAGCUUGACACUCAUGUACAGCAAACGUUUUCCAUUAACCUGGCCAGUGCUAGGUAGCAAACUUCAAGAAGAUAGCAUAUAUUUGCAAAACGCGUAUGUCAUUUUAAAUGUAAGGGGUUAUUGUGGCAGAGAGGGGGAGGAAAGAUAUUAAAUGAAGAAUCAAUUCUAAA